CAUACGAAACGCAACACUGCAUCUGAACAGGUUGACGGGACGUCGCUUGAUUCGUCUUGCCGUAUCACCGACCAGAUCGCUUCGGGUGAACCCUCGCAAAAAAUACGAUCUGCACUACAUCCCUGGAUGGAAUGCAAAUCUCACCAUCCGCCACUCUGAUCUGAUCUGGGGCAGUUCUUAUAAUCGGGUCUCACUCCUCUCCGUCAGUGUGAGCUUGUUUAUAUCCCGACACCGCACCACAAACCGCCAGCAUGAAUCGCUUCAGAAAUAAGAAGAAGACCAAGGAGGAGGCCGCCGCCGCCGCCACCGCCGCCGCAGUCGCCCGCUCUAGCGAAGACUCGGAGCAAUCCUCCUUGUCAGGCUUCAAGGGGUUCAGGAAGGGGAAGAAGGCACCGGUAGAGGAACCCAAGCUGGAAUUCGAUCUCUCGACGGCCCUUCCUUCCGACGACAACUUCCGCACAAGUCUUCUCAUGACAAACCUAUCUGCGCGCUUUUCCAUGCUAAGAGAGCAAGAUGACCCCAACACCAAGAUUGGCAAGGCCAGCGACGACAGUGUAUUACACCCAAAGCGACAAUCGCGACUUCCUGACUUUGGUUUUGGUGCCGCCGGAGGUCUUGGGGACAUUGCCGAGGUGGAGUCCAUCAAGGCUCCUUCUCACUUUUUCAGGAGCGAUUCGAUUGCUUCUGCUGACUUCGACAAUGGUGGAAGCAUAUUAAGUCGCGGAAAACCUAUUGAGGGUAACAACCUGUUUGGUGGAAGGCAAAAGAUCUACAAAGUGCCUGCUACCAAGUCCGGCGGCCUGGGAGGCCGGGCAUUGUACGCCGAUGACGAUGUCGCCUUGUCCGCUUUUCAGCGUUGGCGUAUUUCUGAAAAAGAAAAGGAGCAGCAAGAGCAUGCAGCUGAAGAGGAGCAUGAGCAGGCGAAGGCCCAUGAAGACCACCCACGAUCCGAGUCACCGCCCCCCUUGGGAUACAAUUUCAAACGGGAGACGAGUUCGGCCACCUCGUCGGCUUCCAUCAUGGCGCGCAAUUCCACUGCUGCCAACUCGAUCGCAUCACAGCCUGCAGGUUACGUGUCAACUGCUCCUACCUCGGGCGCUUCUACUCCCGCUCUUGACCGAUCGGUGACCCAUAAGAGACGUCUAUACGAGCAAAGCACGAGCCAAGAUGGGCCAGAACAAUCCUCUGUACUAUCGAGGAUCGAGUCACUCAACCGCCAGAAGACCGCGGCCUCGGGCGUCAAGGCCCUUGGUGACCGGCUGGGCGAGGAACGGACCCUCGCAAGCAAAACAAGCGCCCCUCAGCUAAGUCCCCCCAUCAGCGAGACUGGCGAACCGCUCCCUCUGUUGCCCAUUCAGCCUAACGAUGUUGGAAAAGCCACCGCUAUGGGAGUGUUUCAGAAGCCUUUGCAACCAUACGACGAGACCAAGUACGCCCAGCGCCAAAUCCAGCUGCAGCAGGGUCGCGAGACGCCAACCCAUCGCUUCCGGGCAGAGUCUGAUGCUUCCUUCGCUACCGCUCGCUCACAGGAAUCAUCUACCCACGGGCAGCCCUUUGAGGGACGAGGGGAUCCUCUCAGGACUCAGCCAGCAUUGGAAGAAGAGCCCUCGACUACCGAAUUCGAUUCGCAAACACCCGAAAGUCUUCAAGCUGAAGCUUUAGCAGCCCUUUCCGGUCAGCUCAGCCUUCAGCGUCCUGCCGAUGAGGAACACCCUGCGCUAAGGGGGGCUGCUGCUCCACCCCCGCUUUCUAUCAGCACAUCAGCAAAGUCCGAAAACCCAAGAAUCUCUAUCGAAGAGUCGAUCGAGCCUGCAUCGGCAGACUCUCCUACUCUUGGCCCCAACGCUGGACUUGGUGGCCUAGUCCGUUCACACCUUCGCUCAGGCAGCAAUGCUUCCUCGAUCUGGAGUGCCCCCACACAAAACAACGAUCCCGAGCCGCGACCGCUCAAUAUGUUGCCGGACCCCAAGAUCACUCCAUGGAUUGCGCAGGAACAAGAAUGGACACUGAACUAUUACGGAAACGGUGCCAAACCAAACACUGACAACCAGGCAGCUGAAGCAGUGCAGAAGGAGACACCUGUCGUAGACUCCGCACCCUCCAACCGGUCGAGCAGUGCGACCAAUCACGGGCUAUCCAAGCCUUCAAACAGAUCCAGUAAUACUGACAGCGAACUGGACGAGUUCGCAAGUCAACUGGCCGAAGCUCGGCGACGAGUGAAGGAAAGGCUGACUUCUUAUGCCGAGUCUGAUAGCAGCAGAGCGACAUCACCAGUUAGACAGCCAGAACUCCCCUCCCACAAAGGCAGCCAGUCCUCCCUGAACCACUUGAACAUCAACAUCCUCAAAGCAAAGUCAAGUAGUAGCUCUCUGGUAGAUCGCUCACGGAAUAAUUUGGGAAGUCAACCCAAGUCCAGCCUAAAGCUUUUGGGCCUUGGGGGCGCCAGGAGCAGUUCUCGGAGCCCAACCAAGGAUUCAUUCGACGUGAGGGAGACAGCCGUACAAGCGAUCCCAGAGAGGAGCAAGGCGCGCCAGGCCCGUCAUAGUUCCGAGACUGAGAACGACAAUUCAAGUCAGUCCACAAAUGACAAAGAGGAUACUUGGAACGCCCACCCAGGUUUGAUGGCAUUCAGAAAUGCCAAGCGCGAGCUGCAGAAGCGGAAGGAACUUGAGGCUCUUGCACAACAGCAGCUUUCCACGACCGCGCCGUCUCUUGAUGAGUCAAGCAAUAUGGAACCGCUGGCAUUGCAAUCGCCUCCAAGAGCUCCGAGGAGGGGACGAACGUCGAGCAGGGACGGGAAGGCACAUCCCAUGCAGUAUAGUUCACGCGGCCCUAGUCAGGAGCGUGGAUAUGGAAUGCAUCGUGACUCUCCUACUGCUCACAUCAUGCCUGGCAGCCGUGAGAGAAGUGAUUCGGAUGCCAAGCGGGGAAGAUCAACGUCCAAAAGCCGCCGGCUGCACCAUCUCAUGCUGCAACAAGACGGGAAUAUGGCGCCUGGGAGCCCUCGCGGCCCACUGCGCUCUCCUGGCCUUCCUGAUACAAACGUCAAGCAGUCUCCCAUCAUGCCAACCCAAGGCUAUUCAAACCGCGGUGCCCCUUCUCCCUUGCCUUCGCCUCAUGUGCUUGAAAGAUCCAAGUCUGCAGGCAAUCUGAAAGCCGGUCGUUCGGUAUACGGUGCUUACCCGGGACCGCCCUCACCCGCAUCGCCAAUGCCUCCUUCGCCGUAUACUGCAGGACCUGCGGCAUCCCCGGCGGGAACGCCAUCCUUCGGUUCCAGAUCAAGACAGCUCAUUUCAGAAACAGCGAAGCGCUUCGUAGACAAGCGGGAAAUAUCUGAGCCGAAGUUUGUGAUGGCAACCAGCCGCAUGCCGACGAUGGAUCUGCCUCAUGGCUACUCACAGGAAGGCGGGUCUCGCCCGAGCAGCCGUGCGGGAGUACCACCUGUACCUACCACGGCACCUCCAGUUCCACCCAUCAACCCUCGUCGCAAACGCGAGAGCCCACGCGAUACGCCUGAUGGUGCCGGCAUGGGAGUGCCUCGCCCUCCAUUUGCAAAUCAAACAGAGAGCAUGGCUGUAUCAGAUGCUGAAACGCAAAGUGCCUUCUCUGUUAGUGACGACGAAGAGCCCGGAAAAUCCGACUACCGGCGACGGUUGCGCAAACCUCACAUCGAGUCAUAUGGACGUGUUGGGCGAGCUCUUGCUAAUAUGGGGGAGAAUGGUUCAACAUUCUCUCUCAAACAAGUCGAGUCACAGCACAAAUAGCCCCAUUGGCAUGUUCCAAGCCCAUCUCAUGUCUUGUUUGGAAGCCGAUUGGUGCAAGCAUCUCCGUCACUGAUUUGCACAAACCAUUUAUCUGUCAUUUUCCCAU